CUUAAUUACACCACACCUUCCCUUCCCACCCUCCCAACAUUUCUCUUCAUUCCCAUUUCCUUCUCUUCACCAACAAACAACCCCCCCUGCUGAUAUCAAUACACAUAUAGUGUGUGUGUGUGUGUAUAUAUAUAUAGAGAGAGAGGGGUGUGUGUGUGUAUUUCUUGGGAGCGUUACUACUGGGAGUGGGAGCUACACUGCCAAAAAUGAAAACAUGGCUUGUGCCUUGACCAAUGCUAAAAUUUACUUCACACGCUCAAAAUCAACUCCCCAAAUUCCAUAUCAUUUACCAUAUCGAAUCCCAGAUAUUCUUCUUCCUUCGUCUUCGUCUUCUUCAAUUCUUUUUCAUUUUUGAUUUUUUCGUCUUGUCUGAUUUUUAUUUUUUGUUCUUCAUAUAUAUUUUGGGCUGAUAUGGUCUUUUCAUCAUUACCAUAAAUUUCGAUUGUCAUUGUUUGUUUAUUUUAGUAAGCGCAGUUAUUACAGUUUUGUUUUUUUUUUUUUUGAUAUAAAACGCAGUUAUUACGGUUAUAUUAUGGGAAUAGCUCGUAAUCUGCAAGAGUUUCUUGAAUACAGUAUUUAUAUUUGUAUCAUUAUACACCAGAGCCUUUUCUUCUGGUGAGGGGGGCCUGGUGAAUAAUUCAUCCAUGGAAUUUAGCAGCGGAGGAGGCGGAGGCGGUGGCGGUGGCUCAAGCGGCGGAGACCCCGGCGAUGGCUCUGAUUCUCACCGGAGGAAAAAGCGUUACCAUCGACACACAGCCCACCAAAUUCAGAGGCUUGAAGCGAUGUUCAAAGAGUGUCCCCACCCGGAUGAGAAGACAAGAAAUCAGUUGAGCAGAGAGUUGAAUUUGCAUCCUCGGCAGAUCAAGUUUUGGUUCCAAAACAGGAGGACUCAGAUGAAGGCACAACAUGAAAGAGCCGAUAACUGUGCACUAAGAGCAGAAAAUGAUAAAAUUCGGUGUGAAAACAUAGCAAUCAGAGAGGCCCUCAAGAAUGUGAUCUGCCCCUCUUGUGGAGGCCCUCCAGUUUCUGAAGAUUCUUACUUUGACGAGACAAAAUUACGAAUGGAAAAUGCCCAUCUCAAAGAAGAGCUGGACAGAGUUUCUAGCAUUGCAGCCAAGUACAUAGGAAGGCCUAUUUCACAGCUCCCACCAGUGCAGCCUAUUCAUGUAUCUUCAUUGGAUUUAUCCAUGGCAAGUUUUGGGGGCCAUGGAAUUCCAGGCCCUUCUCUUGAUCUCGAUCUUGAUCUUCUCCCUGGAAGUUCAUCGAGUGUAAUUCCAAAUUUAGCCUUCCCCCCCAUGAGCAUUUCAGACAUGGAUAAGUCCCUUAUGGCUGAUAUUGCGGCCAAUGCCAUGGAUGAAUUGAUUAGGCUUUUACAAAGCGACGAGCCACUUUGGAUUAAGUCUGCUGAUGGCAGGGAAACUCUCAAUCUCGAGAGCUACCAAAGGAUGUUUCAGAGUCCUAAUAGUCACUUGAAAAAUCCCAAUAUUCGGAUUGAAGCUUCUAGAGAUUCAGGGGUCGUGAUAAUGAAUGGCUUGGCAUUGGUUGAGAUGUUCAUGGAUGCGAACAAAUGGGUGGAAUUGUUUCCUACAAUUGUCUCAAGGGCCAGGACAAUGGAGGUAAUAUCGUCUGGAAUGCUAGGAAAUCAAAGUGGCACAUUGCUACUGAUGUAUGAAGAGUUGCAAGUUCUUUCGGCUUUGGUGCCAACUAGGCAGUUGUAUUUCCUCCGAUUCUGUCAGCAGAUUGAACAAGGCUCCUGGGCUAUUGUCGAUGUGUCCUAUGAUAUUCCUCACCAGGAGAGCCAAUUUUCUUCUUCGUGUAAAGCUUACAGGCUCCCUUCUGGAUGCUUGAUACAAGACAUGCCUAAUGGUUAUUCCAAGGUAACAUGGGUGGAACAUUGGGAAGUCGAGGAUAAAGCACCUAUUCACAGGCUUUAUAGGGACCUUGUUCAUAGUGGGCUAGCUUUUGGAGCUGAAAGAUGGCUUUCGACUCUUCAAAGGAUAUGUGAAAGAUUUGCUUGUUUGUUGGUUACUGGAAACUCAACUCGUGACCUUGGAGGGGUGAUUCCAUCACUUGAAGGCAAAAGAAGCAUGAUGAAACUUGCCGAGAGAAUGGUGAAUAAUUUCUGUUCAAGCAUUAAUCCUUCUAAUGGCCAACAAUGGACCACACUUUCCGUGUUGAAUGAAUUUGAAGUGCGAGCAACGCUGCACAAGAGCACCGAUCCUGGGCAGCCGAAUGGCGUUGUGCUUAGUGCAGCCGCCACAAUCUGGCUCCCCAUACCUCCACAAAUUGUGUUCAAUUUUUUCAGGGAUGAGAGAACUCGGCCACAGUGGGAUGUUCUCUCCAAUCAAAAUCCCGUUCAAGAGGUUGCUCACAUUGCUAAUGGAUCUCAUCCAGGGAACUGCAUAUCCGUCCUUCGGGCCUUCAACACUAGUCAAAACAACAUGUUGAUACUCCAAGAAAGCUGCAUAGAUUCAUCUGGCUCACUCGUCGUGUACUGCCCUGUUGACCUACCAGCCAUUAAUAUAGCGAUGAGUGGUGAGGACCCCUCGUAUAUCCCUUUACUGCCAUCAGGGUUCACAAUUUCACCAGAUGGCAGGCCAGACCACAACCAAGCUGGUGGGGUAACUGGAGGAGAUGGGGCCUCGACCAGCUCAAACACUGGCAUUGGUGGUAACUCCUCAGGUUCACUAAUUACAGUCGUAUUUCAAAUACUCGUUAGCAACUUGCCGUCUGCCAGAAUGAGCCCUGAAUCAGUUACUACGGUUAACAACCUUAUCGGCAACACUGUCCACCAAAUUAAAGCAGCCUUGAAUUGCAGUACUUCCUGAUGCUACAUGUUUUCAUCUGUUACCAGAUUUUGCUAAUGCAUGCUCCACAAUUGUUUGUCUACUUCUCUGUCUAGCAUCUUUAAAUACGGGUACAGCUCAGAAUGAAAAAAGAUUCCAGAGUCCUGUGUUGGCAAAUUCAUGUCGAUGGUAUUGAAUGAAGGAAGGGAACUAUACUUUGGUUAGUUGGCGACUAUUAAUGCUCCUUAGUCCUAUCAUCAAUAGCUGAAGAGGACUUAUUGCUGCUAAAUGCGCUCCCGCUGCUGCUGCUGCUGCUGCUGCUUCUGGCUCAUUGCUGUUUUUGCUGUCGAGCCUCAUUACAUUUCACAACUACUUUUCUAUUGUCUUUCCUUUCCCUUCUUAUUUUUCGACAACCCUUUAUUGUUUUGGUUGAAAGCGGAGUCAAGAACGCACCAUACGUGUCUUUCUUGCUGUGCGUCUGUCGAUUUUCUUUUCCUUUCACAAGGGUUCUUGUGGGAGUUUUCUCAUUGUGUUUCUUGAAGCUCUUAUUAGCUAAACACAGCAAGAAAUACUGUAUGGUUCGGGUAUUGACUUCUGUUCAUGAACUUAAUUCCUUAUGGAAU